GCCGGACAUUCGCAAUUCAUUCCCCCUCCUGAGGAAAAUGUGCCUUGAACGCGGCGUGGAGUACAGCAUGUUGCUUUGGGUGUGUUGCGCUCACCAAAUCAACCUUGCGAUACAAUACGCCAUCUGCCAACGCGCCCUCAAGGAUCCUGUCAACGGUGACGCUAUUUGCGGCGCAGUUGUGCGGAUGUACAAGUACAUCCACAACUCAUACUACGAAGAGUUCUCCUCCAAUCUUCUGAAAUUCGUGGUUGGCAAUCUGCGUGUCGUCCCAGAGGAUCCCGCCGCUACAAUGGGGCACUGCGCACAUGUGCGGCACCUAAUGUCGCUAUACGGUCCUGAUGUGGUCCCUGAUCAGUUGGUGUUGUUACUCAACGUGCGAAUCGGGCUGGUGGCUCAUAGCUCUUCGGCGCCAGAUGGCGUGGACCUUCCAACGUUACGGCGUGAAGUUUUCCUCCAGCUGCAGAAGCGGAUCUUGCUCGUCGAAGAACAUCCGACAACAAGCCGUUUCUUCACGUUCACUGCGUGCGUGCGGUCCAUGCUGUUGUGUGCUUUAUUCAAAAUUCCAGUUGAUGUGUGGUCGCUCUCCGCCACCAGACCGAUGCAGGCGCAGCAGAAGAGGAUUGACGCAGUUCAGUCCUUUCUGGAAAGCGCCAACCACACCAGUAGACCUGCGCAUCGCUGCUUUGUGUCUGCAAGUGACCAAUCACGCCAUGAGCAUGGCGGCCAAGACGUCGACAGGCGACCCGUUGCUCGUAGAACUUGGCAGCGGGCGCCUCCAGGAGCAGGCUGGGCGGACGUUGGUGAACAUUGUUCCUCACAUACCUUUCGAUCCUGUGUUGCCGCAGCUCAGGGCUUUGACUUCGAUGCUUGCCACGAUGGGCAAUCUGGUCGCCCGUUUGUCUGUGUAUCAGGAGUACCCGACUGCGCUGUACAAGCUGUCCCAGUCGUUCAACCCGUCCCAGUGGUCUCGAGAAUGUUUAGCGUUCCUUUCCGUCGACGAGGAGCGCCUAGAUGUCGGUUUCUCUUUGCCGCUCCGUCAAAAAGCCGACGCCGCUGGGUCCAGCAGGCGUGCCGCGGACUACCUGAUGUCGCCUGGCGUGCAAGCCCACGUUGACAACUGUCUCAGGAAUGGGUGUGCGACGACCCUGUCGGUAGAGCGGAAACACGUACCAGACAAGAAAACAGAGGCACCCAAGAUGAGCACGGUCGCGGCGGCCAGUAGAAACAGUAUUUUGAGGCGUUAUCGUACAACUCGCAACGCGAGGCGGGUCGUGGACACGCAACGGGCAAAAGCACAACGUGGCGUUCACUUGCACAUUCGUGCGUUGGUUUUGCGCCGUCGCCCAGAUUUCGUCACGGCGGGGGAGCGGGUCGCUCGGCCUGUGUUGACAUUCGACGAGGAUGCCAUUGCUUCUUAUAUUGAAGAACAUCGCGUGGACCUGCAACGGGAGCUUGACGCCGCCGCAGAAGCGGCGCGGAAAGCCAAAGAACCGGUGGCAGCGUCGACACCCAGGACCAAUGCCGAGUGGUUGCAAUGGAUUUCCCAGAACAGAACAACUUUCAACGACUACUUCGACACGGCCUCCUCGGUGCGCCGCUCCUUGACCCGGCGGCUGGUUCCUGAUCAGGAGUUCCCAUGUGUCACGCGUUUGCAACCUGCCCGACGUGCCGAUGCCAUCCCCUGGCAAGAUCGCCUCUGGUCCCGGCCGCCAGGUUUUUUUUGUCUCCGCAGCGGGGACGAUCGGGACGUCUUCUUCCAUUUCGCUCUUGGGACAGCGAGUUGGGUCCUCCCUCUCGGCGGCCAUGACACGGCGCGAACCUUGCGACUCACCAGCUCGUUCUCGAAACAGUUCGUCCGCCUGUCCGAGCACUGCCUUCGCGUUGGCAUCCCCGUCGAUGAUGCCACAGCAGUGUACGAACUUGAGAUGGAGUGCGUCGCGUUCGACGCCGGCUUUGUGGCUCUGCGAAUUGCCCGAUGGGACAAGGUCGAAGGUGGCGGUCCGCCGCUCAUGCCCGAAGGCCCCGCCAUGGACACCGGGGUGGACAUUAUGGGCGUGACUGCACCGGAGGGCGAUGAGAGCGCCGCAGAGUCUGACAAUGAUAGCGUCGAGUCCCUCGUGAGCUCCGCCGACGAGGAGGUCACGGACGACGGCGCCAUCUCGGCGGGCGGAGGGGGCGAGGAGGGCGACCUUCCACCAGCGGAACCUGUGGAGGAAGCAAUUGCGAGAGCGCCCAGGGAUUCGUACACCAUAUGGAAAACUGAUUACUUUUCCUUGCGCGACGACCCUGCUUGGCCAGAUGCAAAGAUAACGGCGUUGCCGCGUUGGUGCAAAUGGGAGGACUACCCAGAGGGCGACCCGUACUUGUUGGCGCGGGGCUACAAAUCCAAAACAGGAUUUCGCUCUGCAUUUUGGGCGGGGCAUUCAUUGGAAGAGGCGGAGGCGGACGGGGACAGGCAGGGGCAGGCAGGGACAGGCAGGCACAGUGGAAGGCAGAGGGGCAUGUCCCACGCGGCUCUUUGUUGCGAAAAAGCAGAUGCCGCCGCGCGCGUUGCUGCGCUAUGCUGCGCUCUGCUGAAACGGAUGCGGCGGGAACCGACUUGAAACGCGGGUGCCGCCGCGGACGUUGCUACGCCUAUGCUAUGCACGAUGUGAGGAGGUGCGCAAGAGAGCCAGAUUCUGUCGCAACGGCGUUUUUUUCACCAUCGCGACCCCCCAGCGGCGAAGCAGGGGCAGGGGGGGGGCCAGGGGGGCAGAUGAGGAGGGAGAGGCUGCUGCAUGUCAAAUAUCUACAGUGACCGUGGCGGAGUACGGGGAGGCGAAGCCUAGCACUCCUGGAUGCUACGCUAUAUUGUUAGCGUGGAGCAUACAUCGUGCCCGUCAAGGAGGUUUCCUAGGGUAUUCAUCUGGCCGUCGGCGUAGUUUCGAUUUGGAAAUCCGCCGCCUCCGCGCGGAUUUGCAAGCAUUCGGGCGCGACGGGAGGACGGGCAAUGCCAAGAUAGACGCACAAAUUUUGGAAUACGUUCCAGAGGCGUUUGAUUAACUCGAGCACGUGGCGGAUUUUGCGUCGCGGACGCGGCUCCCCUUGGCCGGCUCUGGGUUCGCAAAAAUGGAAGGACCCAGCCUUUUCCCGCACAAAAAAACAUAAAAAAACACAUUUCGGCACAGAAAAACAUGGAAAACGAGUUUUGG